CAGGCCAAUAUUAAUACCGGUUGAACUCGAAACAUCCUUCUAGUUGAUUCUGUCAUACGAGAUAUUAUUUUGAUAGCUGGCGGAUUAAAUGGAAGGAAGCGAUACAUGGAACCGAGCCGAUCCGGGCCAGUCCAUGCCAGAUCGAGAUAUGAGAGACAGUAGCACCCAGACUGACUGCAGACUACAAGGUCAUGGCCCCCGGUUAUCAAAGGUAAACCUGUUUACCUUGUUGAGUUUAUGGAUGGAGCUGUUUCCACAGGAGCAACCUGAAGAAGAUGACCCUAGUGAGAUCCGUGGGGUGGGUCUGGUGGUGGUGCGGGACAGUAAGGUGGUGGGACUCCACUGUUCAGGACCUGAGCUCCAUGCAGGACAGGCAGCCAUCAUCCAACACGGCACCUCCCUGGCUGAUUGCCACUUGUACUUCUCUAGAAGACCCUGCGCCACCUGCCUCAAGAUGAUCAUCAACGCUGGAGUCAGUCAGAUCUCCUUUUGGCCCGGAGACCCUGAGGUCAGCAUGUUGAGGUCCGCCUCUGCCAACCAUUCGAGCCCCCACAGUCCACCUGACAGCAUCACGCAGGAGGCGGCACUGGACGCCGUGGCAAUGGAGAAGCUGAAGUCCAACAGCCGUCCUCACAUCUGCGUGCUGCUGCAGCCGCUGGCGCCUAGCCUGGCGCAAUUUGUUGACGAGACGUCCAGAGAGUGUGACUUCAUGGAGAGAAUGAGUGACGAUGAGCCGGGGCUGAACACAGAGGAACUCUUCAACAGAGAGCGGACGAGACACCUGAAGGAUUUCUCCACACGGCUCCUCGUCAAGACGUCUCUGCAGCACCGGGAGAUUUUGACCCACAUGGGUCUGGAGAACUUCUGCGUGGAGCCGUACUUCUCCAACCUGAGACACAACAUGAGGGAGCUGGUGGAGGUUCUGGCUGCAGUGGCUGCCGGGGUGCCACAGCAACAGUACGGCUUCUACAGAGAACAGCAUUCAACCCCGGAGCCAUCAGCAGCCAAGUCCUUGCUGCCGCCUCGUCACGAGGGACUGUCUCAAGAAGUGGCUCGCCAUUGCAUCAUCCAGGCCAGGCUGCUGGCCUACAGAACAGAGGAUCCUAAAGUGGGCGUGGGCGCCGUCAUCUGGGCCAAAGGACCGUCGGCUGGCAGUGAUGGGACGGGGAGUCUGUACCUGGUGGGUUGCGGGUACAACGCCUACCCAGAAGGCUCACAGUACGCAGAAUACCCCCAGAUGGACACCAAACAGGAGGACCGACAGAGACGCAAAUACAGAUACAUUGUCCACGCAGAGCAGAAUGCACUAACCUUCAGGACUCGACAAGUCAAACCGGAGGAGCCCACCAUGCUGUUUGUGACGAAAUGUCCGUGUGAUGAGUGCCUCCCUCUGAUCCGAGGAGCCGGCAUCACACACAUCUACAGCAGCGACCAGGACAGGGACAAGGCCAAGGGAGAGAUCUCCUACCUGAGGUUCAGCAGCCUGAAGAACAUCAGCAAGUUCAUAUGGCAGAGGAGCCCUUCAGCGUCCUCUCCUCACCACGCCAAUGGUUACGCCGGGAAGCACAGCAGGGAGGCUGAGCAGGAGAGCCACAGCAACAAGAAGCUGUGCACCCACAGAUCCAACGAGGCGCCCGUCAACUGAACCCCGGAUGGACGGAUAAACAGAUAUACCAGACACUACAGAGUCAUGUUUUGAGCUGUCGUGCAACAGACUUGAUAUUUUACGGCUAAAACUGGGAGAAAUCAACAUUUUUUUUAAUGAAGGACUGGUGUGUGAUCAUUGGUAUGUUAUGUAAUCAGGGCGUUAGCAUCCUUCCCUCUGACUGCUGCAUGUUUAUGUUUUACACUUCUGGCACUAAAGAUAUAUUUGAACUCGCUGCUUUACAUAGGCAAGUGUUGGUGGUAGGUGAUUGGAGGAAAGUGUCCUUUUAAGGCUCACGUUUAGGAAGUGGGAGCACUUAAAGUCGUCCAAGACGAGACAUACGCCGCGCUGACCUCAAAGGGAAAUCACGGUUGGAUAGGAACAAGGGCGGGAAAUAGGGAUAUCCCUAAUAAAAAGUUAUAUAUUUUAAAUAAUAAUAUAAUCUGUGAUGUGGACUUGUUAAUGUGAUUGUAUUUUUUUUAUUUAAGUGCUGAAAAGUUUAUUUAAAUGGUUGGAUAUGUACAUCCACAUACUGUUUCUAUGUUUGCACAGGCCGCCAUCAGAUUUAGGAUUAUAUUACAAAUAUCUUAAUGAAUACAUAAAGAAGCUUUAAAAAAGUUGGCAGUACACAGCUUUGCGUUGGUGUCAUUCUUCUGGAAUGUAUUAAUCCUGUCUGGCUUUCAUUUCCUGCACAAAACAGUUCUUCUGCAUCGUAUGUCAUACCUUUUUGUUUUUGUGUGUCGGUACGAUAACACUCUGUUCAAAUGUUUCUGUAACUGAGAUACUAAAUCAUCCAGAAAAGAAUCCUGUGCUUUAGCGUUAAAAGACGCAGAGA